UCAAAUUUCAGAAUGUUUUAUAAAUUAAUGAAUAAAAGUCAUUGAAGCCCAAUCUUUUUGCGUGUAUUCUAUUUGUUUGAAUUAGUCGCGCCCGACAGUAAAAUGAGUUUCUUCCGUAAGUUUUUCGGUAGAAAGAAAAAAGAAAAGGAAUCUUCGACUAGACCAUUGGAUGAAGUCGAUGUAUUGUAUAAAUUGCGAUCCACCGAACAAUUGUUGAUGGCUAGACGUGAAAUAAUGGAUACAAAUAUAAAAAAAGAGUUGGCUAUAAUAAAACAAAAUAACAUCAGUAAUAAACGAGUCGCCUUGAAUGCAUUGAAACGUAAAAACUGUUACGAAAAACAGUCAUCCCAGAUUGAAGGAAUUUUAUUGACAGUCAUAAAACAACGCCUGGCCUUAGAGAAUGCUAACACAAACAAAAUAUUAGUCAAUGUAAUGAAAUCUACUUUAAACACCGUUAAAAUGACCAAUCAAAAUAUCAAUAUAGAUGAUAUUCAAAAUAUGAUUGACGAUAUUGCAAAAUCACAUUGUCUAACUCAAGAAAUAUCAGAAGCCUUUUGCAAUUCAACCACAUUGGAAAUUGAAGAUGAUGAGGAGGAAUCACGAAAAGAAUUAGAAAAUCUUGAAUUAGAAGAAUUGGAUAAACAAGUAAUGAAUAUAGAUCGGAUUCUAGCAGUAAAUUAUCCAUUGCCAGUUAUGCCAACAUUUGAACCUCUUGGACAAGUUGGACAAAUUAAAAAAACAUUUGAACGGAAAAAUUCCAUAAUGAAAUGAAAGAGUUAUUUAUUCAAACUAAGUAUGGAUAAAUGAUAGCGGUUGGUCAAAUAAAACAUGCUCCACUCAAAAUAUAUUCAGAAUUCAAUAACUUAUCAUUGUUUUAAUAUAAAAAUGUGCCUAUUAAGCUUACCUCCUGAUACUUUAAUACAAUUUUGAUUUUUUUUUCAC